AUGUCCAUGGACAAACGAGAUCAAACAGGCACAGCAGAUGAUGAUGAUGAUGAUGGUAAUGAUGAUGAUGAUGAUACAAAGAAGGCAUUGGAGAGCCGCUCUAUGCUGGACUCUGUUCUCACCAACAGGGAGGGGCUGGUGGGCAAGGUGAAGCUCAAGGAUUACAAUGAUGAAAUUCGCCAGGAGCAGCUGAGAGAACUUUCGUAUUUGAACGGUUCUGAGGAUUCAUCACGUGGACGGGGCAUUCGAGGAAGGGGGAUCCGUGUGCCACCUGCAGCUCCUUCAAGGGGACGUGGGGGUGCCAUUCCUCCCCCGCUGCCUGGACGAGGUGCCCAAGCACCCCGAGGAGCGCCGGUGACGCGUGGAGCGCUCCCUGUCCCACCGGUGGCCAGGGGCGUCCCCACACCUCGGGCCAGGGGCGCCCCGUCCGUCCCGGGCUACAGACCACCCCCGCCGCCCGCACACGAGGCGUAUGAGGACUAUGGAUACGAUGAUGGAUAUGGGGGUGAAUAUGAUGAUCCAAGCUAUGAGGCAUAUGAUAACAGUUAUGCCACCCAAACACAAAGUGUGCCUGAAUAUUAUGACUAUGGUCACGGAACAAGUGAAGAGGCUUACGACAGCUACGCACAAGAAGAAUGGGCCACGACCCGUUCCAGCCUAAAGGCACCACCUCCAAGGUCAGCCAGAGGGGGUUACAGGGAACACCCCUAUGGUAGAUAUUGAAGGUCCUCCUCAUCUGUGACCUCAUCUCAAAGACAAUUAAUAGCCUGUGGUCUCCACAUAAACAGCAACAAGACAAGUAAUAGUCCAUUUCUUUUCUAUCCUAGGGAUUACUGCUCAUUAUUAUCCUAUGUACUACUUGUAUUUCCUAUAACACUGGCGUGACAUUGGCAUUAGUAUUAUUUUAUAACACGGACUUAGAAAAACAGAGACAAAAAACCUUUGGCAAACAUUGUCUAUAAACUAUUCAAAGAUGAUGUUCUGUUGGUUGUAUUCAUUCCUGUGUGUAACUAAAAAGCAUGACACUGUUACAGCUUUUGAGUCUCUCUACAUACUAGUUAAGGCUGAGUUUCUGUUUAGGGUUGCUGAAAGACUGUAAUAUGAUUUUUUUUGAUUUUUUUUUUUCAAGCCAGACAAUAAUCAAGCUGUAGAUAAGAUGUUUUAACCUGUCUUUUUUAAUAUAUGUUAGUUUAGAUUAAGAUGCUCGAUAUUAAGUUUGUAAAUUUAAUUUUAAAUGCUGUUUUAAUGGGGUUGAAAACUAGCAGCUACUGUAUGUAUGUAGCUAACUGAAGUUGUUCAGUGUUUUAACCUGUAUUUGUUAAAAAAAGUCACUUAAAGUUCCAUGUGUAAGCUUCUCUAAAUAGGAAACCAUAAUUUUGUCAAAUAUGUUUGCCAUAAUUUGUCAAUAAAGCUGAAACCUUUUGUAACAAACUAAAUUUGGAAUUACUUGUUUUCUAGCUUUAAAUGCCUGCUUUAUUUCUUUUUCAAGAGAUGCCUAAAAUGUUUUUUAUAUAAAAAUUACAAAAAUGAACCCAAGCCUGUUUUAAGAUUUUUUGUGUAAGACUUUAAAAGUUGUAUUAAUAACUUCUGGUUGUUAAAUAAUAUAAAAGUUAACAAACUAAACUGUUACAUGAAUCAUGGUUAGUAUCCACUAAUGUAUAACAUGUUAAUGGAAAAAAAUGCUUUAGAACAAUAAAUGGAUUUUAAACUAUCCUUU